CACUCGUUGUGCACGGUUUUAGAAACUGAGGUUGUAAAGUUGUAAAAACUAUGGUGAUGUUCAAGUGGAGCUGGCAGCUCUCAGCGCUGUUGCUAACAACAUUCACCAGCUUCGCGCACUCUCAACAAAACUACAGCCAUCCAAAUGAGUUUCUAUACUUCAACGAAGCAGAUGCGCAAUAUCUACUCACCCAAGUCAAUGAUGUCUAUUGGGCCAGCGCCACGGCCUAUCGGCAAUUCGCCGACGAUACGUUAAGUCCCGAUAUUUUGAUGCGCGAAAAGUUGCGGCCCUUCUAUGAGACUAUGCAGAAAUUCGAUUGGCAGAAUUUUGUAGAUCCUCUGUUGAAGCGACAAUUCCAGGUGAUUUUGCGCGGUGCCAAAUAUCCACCAAUCAGCUAUAAAUUCAAACGUGCCACACACACACUGAAGAGCAUGUCGCGCAAGAAGUGGGUGUGCCACAAAGAGGAUGCCACCAAAUGUAAUAUGGCUUUUGUGCAUCAGAUAAAGACGAUCUUCACGAAUAGCGAUGAUUUGGAUGAGAUCAAAUACUAUUGGAAGGAGUGGCGCAACAAAAUGCCCGCUGAGGUGAAGGAAGCGCUGCACUACUACAUUGACUACUAUCAAAAUAUGAGUACACCAGAUGUGUUGCCAUCUGCAUAUUGGUAUGAUCAGUAUGAAGAUCCACAUUUGAUCUAUGAACUGGAGAAACUAAUGGAUGCGCUACGCCCAUUCUAUCGGGAAUUACACGCACAUUUACGCAAUAUGUUGCGCCACAAGUAUGGGGAUGAUGUCAUACCACCAACUGGACUCAUACCACAUCAUCUCAUGGAACAGGUCACGUAUCAGGCGUGGAAGAAGGAAACGGUGUUGCAAAAUCCUUUCCCACAAAGAAAGCUACCCAAUCUGCAAACCGAAUUGGAUGGUGAGGGCUUGCAGCCAUUCGAUUUCGUCAAUAUUAGUGUGCAGUUCUUCAGCUCGCUGGGCUUUAGCAAUCUAACCGAUACAUUCAUGCGCGAGCAUUUCAUUCCAAUGGCUGCUGGCACCGGUGGUCCCGACUGCAAGUCGCGUAUUUUCGAUUUCGGCGAAGUGGAGCUACACUACUGUCCCAAGGUCUACUAUAAAAAGCUGCUGCAAACACACGCUGACAUAGCGGCGGUGCAAUAUGCGAUCGAAAAAAAUAAUUUCCGUGUUGGGCUCAAUCAGGAAGCCUGUCCCGGUUUUGGUGCUGCACUGGGUGAGGCUGUAAUAUUGUCCGUUUCUAAUCCAAAGCAUUUGCAACAGCGUCUAGGUCUCUUGAAGAAUUAUGAGUAUGAUGACAUUUUGAACUUGAAUCGUCUCUACAGAAUGGCUGCUCAUACACUGCUCACACUGCCUACUUAUUUUGUUCAUGAAAAACUCUGGGUUGAUAUGAUCGAUGGUAGAGUGCCGCCUGAGCAUUAUAAUUGUCACUAUUGGAAUCUAAUGCAGAAAUAUAUGGGCGUGGAGCCACCUCUGCAAACCAACCCAGAUGCCUACGAUAUGCCCUACAAGUUCUAUGAGGGCAUUGUCGAUCAGUCUCGUAGCACCAAAAAACUAUUUGACGAGUUCUUGGGCUAUCAGAUAUAUCGCUCAAUUUGUUUAAAUAUUGGGCAAUAUGAACGACGUAACGCCUACAAGCCACUGGAUAACUGUGAUUUUUACGGCAGCAAGCAUGCGGGAAAAUUUAUUUACGACAUGAUGAGCGCCGGAUCCUCAAAGCCGUGGCGUGAACUCAUCAAAUCACUAACCAUGAUCAAGUUGACAAAUAUGACUGCCACCGCAUUCCUGGAGUACUUCGAACCACUAAACACAUGGAUCACCGACGAUAAUGUGAGCAAGAAUUUGCGGGUCGGCUGGAUGCCUAUCGACAAAUGCAAUCCACGCGUAGCUCUGCUAAAUGCAACCAAAGUGGUUUAUUGAAAAAAAUAAAAUAAAACAAAAAUAAAAACGAAAAUAAAAACAAAACAAAAGGCGUGAAUACGUGGCACAUGUCAACACGUUCCGGCAGUAAUCUGUGCAGAAACUCAAGCAGUGACAAGACUAACACAACAAUCGCUCGUCAACAUCAUCAUCCACCCACGCUAUUACCGGGGGCACACCAGCAAGCAUGCGCUUCCAAAGAUAUAAAUUAUGUGCUUUCUUUAUUUGUUUUUAUUUAUUUAUUUUUUUUGUUGCCGCUUGAACUGGGCGCAAUCCAGAAAUUGUUGAAUGGAUUCAUAUACACGUUUUAUCAACUACAGUCACAUUCAUUUGCACAAGCGUUGAUGGAAUUUUUGUUUACGACGAAAAAUAUCCAUUUGAUAAUUUUACAAAACAGCUCAAGUGUUGCCACGUUUUCAUUAUCUCAUUAAGAAACUUAGUUUUUAAGCAACAGGAAAUGAAAAAAAUGUUUUUUUAUCCUUGCAAUAAAAGUAAAAUGAG